AGUUUCAUUCAUGAUCGUCAUCAGCACUGUGGACAAUAAAAAUAUUAGUUUUUUUUUGCAUUUAUAACCAUUAAAUAACAAUUGUCAAUCAUUGUUCAAAAGUCAUUCAAAAGUGCAUUGUGUAUGUGUGUGAGUGCAUGCAUUGGGAAUUAAGUUUUACUAACAUACCAAUUUUAUCAAUAAGUUUAUAAACAAAAUAAGAGUAAAAGUGAUUAUUUUUUUUUAUUAUUAUUUUUUCUUGUGACCGGUUGCUGAUGUGUUGCGUAUCUGUUUUUAUAAUCUCACGUGAUUAAAAAACUAAUAAAAACUUUUGUGUUGUUAUUUUUACUCCAAAAUAUAAAAAAUAGAAAAAAAAAAAAAAAACGUCAAAUUGUGAUACUCAAACAAAGAUUUAAUUGAGAAAAAAUGGACAUCGAGUCCAUCUACGAUUACGAAGAAGAAGAACAAGAUUUUUAUGAAGAAAACGUUGCUAGAAAAGGCUAUCCAAUUGAUCAUCGAGCCCUCAAGCGAGAUGCACGUGGACAGAAUGGAGUUUUGGGAUGUACUAGUCUCAGUGGUGGUGGUGUUAUGAUGAUGAUGGCUAAAUACAUGAAACAAGAAUUAGCAUCUGAUGCUGAAGAAGAGUGUUUGGUACCAACAUUGCCAGCAAGAUUUACAUCAAUGAGAAAAGUACCAUCGUUGUCAGAUUUGUCGGAUCCAGACAGUUCGCUAGAUAUACCGGCCCAAGUGCCACCGUUGACGCCCGGAACAAAUAAAAAAAUGACAGAGGCUUUGAAAGCCUCAUUUGCGUCAUGGGAAAAAGAGCAGCUACGUAUGAAUAUCACCAAAGAUCCAAGACAAUGGACGGAUUCAGAUGUUUCUCACUGGCUUCGCUGGGCAAUUCGUGAAUUUUCACUUGAGGGUGUUGCAAUGCAACCCUGGCAACACUUGACAGGCAAACAAAUAUGUGCAAUGGGCAAAGAAUCUUUUUUGGCACGUGCCCCAGCUUUUAUGGGUGACAUUUUAUGGGAACACUUGGAGCUUCUUCAAAAAGAGGAUGAAGGUGAAAAAGCUUCACUUGAAAAUAUGCCAGCAAAUUUAUACGAGAGUGUAUGUGUACCAGAUCUUGGUGAUUUUUUGGGAUAUCAAAGUGCAAACAAUUCAGUUGCUACAUCGGAUAAUAAGAGUCCAGUAACACCAGCAAAUUCAACAUCAUCAUCAACAUCAGGUUCAAGAAAUUCAACUUCACAGAAUUCUGGAAUUCAAACAUUGACUAAUUUUUCAACAUUGUCUUCAAGAUCUUACGAUGGUGGUUACAGUCAUCUUCGCAGUCCAGUAUGUCAGGAUGACAAUCAAAGAGAUGAAACAUCACCACCACCACCAUCACACAAUCACAAUUCUCAACAACCAAAUUCACAUACAUCAACACCAACUGCAAAUAAUAAUAAUAAUAAUAAUAAUAACAAUAAUAAUAAUAACAAUAAUAAUAAUAACAAUAAUAAUAAUAGUAAUAGUAGUAGUAAUGCUUAUAUACAUUUACGAAACUUAAAUCAGCUCAAAGCAGAAUCGAAUUAUAACAAUCAUCAUAUAGCUGAACAUUUGCAAAAUAAUAACGGUGGCAAUGAUCUUGGUUCUGGCAAUAAUGAAAAUGAUUUACGAGUUAAUAAUGGUGCACAAACAGACAGUUAUAUGACACCAGCUCACUACUCUGGCUAUGAUGAGCCAUCUGAAUAUCACAAUCUUCCUCAAGAACAUCAGCAACAGCAACAACAACAACCACCGCCACCACCACCACCUCAUUCAUAUAAUUUGGAUGGUUCACCAGAAUUUUAUAGUUCAAGUGGUAUACAUCUUGAGCAAAAGUAUCAACCACCACCAACAUUUAAAAAUUAUCCAAGAGGACGUUAUCAUGAGGGUUAUACUGAAAAUGGAUAUGGUCAGUAUGACACAACAUCAUUUCAAACAGUUCCUAGUAGUGGUAAUCCAAGUAGUGGAAAUGGUCCCAAUGUUACCGGUGAACAAUGGGGAGUUUCACAACUUGGUGAACAUAUAUCACAUCAUGGUGCAUUUUUAGCAAGUUUAGGACCACGUGAUACGACAAAUUCACAUCAUCCAUCAUCAAUUGGCAAUAAUCCAGAUCAAAAACCACUUUUACAAAGUACAAUGCUCACUGGCUAUGCUGGUGCUGGUCCUUGUUUUACUGGCUCGGGUCCAAUACAAUUGUGGCAAUUUCUUCUUGAAUUAUUGACUGAUAAAUCAUGUCAGGGCUUUAUAUCAUGGACUGGCGAUGGAUGGGAAUUCAAAUUAACUGAUCCUGAUGAAGUUGCACGUCGUUGGGGUAUACGAAAAAAUAAGCCCAAAAUGAAUUACGAAAAACUCAGUCGUGGUUUACGCUAUUAUUAUGAUAAAAAUAUUAUUCAUAAAACGGCUGGUAAAAGAUACGUCUAUCGCUUUGUUUGUGAUCUCCAGAGUAUUCUCGGAUGCAGUCCUGAAGAACUUCAUGCAAUAGUGGACUUGAAACCUGAGAAGAAGGAAGAAGACUGAAAUUGUUUUUUUACGGCUCAGAUAUAAAAUGUCCCUUGUUUAGCCUAAAUCCAGCUAAUAAAUGCGUAUCUUUUCAAGUCUCAAUAAAAAUGUUAUAAAAAUAUAUUUUCCAACUUCACUACAAUCAGAUUCAUUUCAUUGUUAGUGUUAUAAACUUCAAAAGAUACCUUCUUUAUCCGUUGGAUUUGACCACAUAAAAAAAAAAUUCGUGUCCUCGCCGUAAACAGUAAUAUUAAUAAUUCCUUCGAGAAAAAAAGAAAAAAAAAAAAAGUAAAAAAAUGUCGGGACAAAAUGUGGUCGGUGAUAAAUGAGUCUAUAUAUUUUUUAAAGUAAAAGAAAAAAAAAACACAAUUGACUCACAAAAA